GGGUAUAUAAAUAAAAGAAGAAAACAACCGGGUGCAAAUAGUAAACUACAGCACAACCCAGAUUGGUGAAACCCAAUAAUCAAACCCGAAAAGCAAAAAAACAAAAUGGCGGGAACGUGUUGUAUGAACCACCAUUUCCCUCUUUUUGUUCUUCAUCUUCUUCUCCGAUCCAACAACAGCGAUAGCAAAAAAAUGCAGUUUGAUUCCGAUUCAGAUUCCGACGGAUCUCACAUCUCUUCAACUCCUCCAAGACAACCAAAUCCACCACCACCACCGUCACCAAAACCACCUCUUCCAGUUUCCAACAAAAAAUCCAAAAUCAAUACCAAACCCAAACCCUCAAAAUCCAAUAAACUCCCUUCAAAACCCCCCGAAACUCUCCCCCAACAAGAUCCUGACCCUGACCCUUUCCCUCUCGCUUCCUUCUCCUCCCUUCCUUUUCAUAUCCGACAACGAACCUCCGAAGCCGCUUCAACUUCAUCUUCCCACUCAAUUGAAACCCUCCCCGCUGGAUUCUUCUCAAAAUCAAUUUCAUUCUCCAAAAUUCGUAAACCCUUACUCAAUCUAGAAGCUUCUGAAAACGAACCCGUAGUUAAUUCCCCUAAAGCCGUUGUAAAAUCCGCUAAGAAGCAUCCUAAUUUAAUAGGCGCCAGUGCUCCAACGCCGAUAGUGAAGGUACUACGAGGCGCCGGAGAAGGUAAUUUUGUGAAAUUGAAUUUGAAUGGUAAGAGAAAAAAGUUUUUGAAUAAAGGUUGGAACAAAAAAGGAAAAUUUGGCAGUGGAAAAAGGUAUAGAAAUGGUUAUAGUAGUUAUAGUGGUAGUAGAAGUAAGCGUAAGAAAUUGGAAGCUGAAGGGGGAGAUAAUGAGGAAGAUGGUUUGGAUGAAGAGAAUGCAAAGCAACAGGAAAAGCGAAAGGGUUGGGAAAACGAAUGCAAAGUAUUGGAGGAGGCUGUGUUAGCAGCAAGAAAUGAGGCUUCUGAUGAGAAUUUGGUGAAGCUGUUGAAAUUGAUUCAUGGUUAUGAUUCUUUUCGAGAGGGGCAACUUGAGGCUAUCCAGAAUGUUCUUGCUGGGAAAUCGACAAUGCUUAUUUUGCCGACUGGUGCAGGGAAGUCGUUGUGUUAUCAGUUGAGUGCAUUGAUUUUGCCCGGGAUUACGCUCGUUGUUAGUCCGUUGAUAGCUUUGAUGAUUGAUCAGCUUAGGCAAUUGCCUCCGCUCAUUUCGGGUGCUCUCCUAAGCAGUUCUCAGACGCUUGAAGAAUCAUCUGAAACGCUCAGCCAGGUCCGGCAAGGCACAAUUAAGGUGCUUUUUGUUUCACCAGAGCGGUUCUUGAAUGAAGAGUUUCUAUCUGUUAUCUCUGCUGUGUCAUCCGUGUCACUCGUUGUUAUUGAUGAAGCACAUUGUAUAUCUGAAUGGUCUCACAAUUUCCGACCUUCAUUCAUGAGACUUAGAGCAUCACUACUUCAUAAAAGUCUUAAUGUAGGUUCUGUUCUUGCAAUGACAGCGACUGCUACAACCACGACUUUAGACGCCAUCAUGUCUGCCCUAGAUAUUCCUUACACAAAUCUUAUUCAGAAUGCACACUUAAGGGACAAUUUGCGUUUGUCAGUGUCUUUGAUAAAAAAUAGAAUGAAGGACCUACUGGUUCUGAUAAAGUCUUCUCCUUUCACGGAAGUUAAAAGCAUCAUAGUAUACUGCAAAUUUCAGUCUGAUACUGAUCAAAUCAGCAGAUACUUGAAUGAUAACAAUAUCAAGGCAAAGAGUUAUCAUAGUGGUAUUUCUGCAAAGGAACGUGGCUAUGUACAAGAGUUGUUUGGUUCAAACAAGAUCAGAGUGGUUGUUGCAACUGUGGCAUUUGGCAUGGGACUGGACAAAAGAGAUGUUGGAGCAGUAAUUCAUUACAGUUUACCCGAAAGUCUGGAAGAGUAUGUACAGGAGAUAGGACGUGCUGGAAGGGAUGGGAGGUUGUCCUAUUGUCACCUAUUUUAUGAUGAUGAGAUGUAUUUCAAACUUCGUAGUCUAAUGUACAGUGAAGGAGUAGAUGAGUAUGCUGUGAAUAAAUUUAUGUCUGAAGUAUUUCCUGCUGACAAAAGCUCCUGUGGGAAAAUCUGUUCGUUAAUCAAAGAAUCUGCUGCACGCAGAUUUGAUAUGAAAGAAGAGGUAAUUCUCACAGUUUUGACACGCUUGGAGCUGGGUGACAUGCAAUACUUACAUUUACUUCCACAAACAAAUGUUACCUGUGUUCUGAAUUUUCAUAUGACUCCGGCUGUGUCCCUUGCCCAGAAGGUUUCUGCUAUUGCUGUGAUUCUAAAAAGAUCUGAAAAUAAGCACGGACAAUAUAUUUUUGAUAUUCCAACUGUGGUAAAUGACAUGGGGGUUACACCAGUUGAAUUAACAGAUCAGUUGUACGACCUAAAGUUGAAGGGAGAAAUAACUUAUGAAAUGAAGGACAUGGCCUACUGUUAUAGGAUUCUUGAAGUCCCAACAGACUUUUUUUCUCUAUCGGAUGAUAUUACCAAAUGGUUAUCUGAAGUUGAAAGUUGUAAGGUACGGAAAAUGGAUGUAAUGUUUAAUGCUGCAUAUUUUGCAGUAAAUCUAUGUGAUAAGAUGAACGGUUGCAGUAGUGCCGAUCACACCUCAUGCUUGCAAAGGAUAAUAUUGGAUUACUUUGCUGGAGUUGAUAAUAUUGAUUUCUGCAAGAAAAUCAGUCAAAGCAGUCCUUUCCUGCGGGCAGAUAUAAAGGUAUUUCUACAGAGCAAUUCACAUGCUUGUUUUACACCGAGAGCUGUUGCGAGAGUGAUGCACGGAAUUGCAAGCCCAGCCUACCCUUAUACAAUAUGGGGUAAAACCCAUUUCUGGGGAAGGUAUACCAAGGUAGACUUUAAGGUGGUGAUGGAAGCAGCAAAGGAAGAACUCAAAAAUUUUAUUGGAAAAGAUAUGCUCUAGUGAUUUAUGAUUUGAUUUUACCAUCUACCAUAUAUGCAGAGUCCCUUACUGGUAAAGACAUAUGUAUGUGCAUUGAUUUGAGGAGGGGGUUUUUUGACCUGUGCAGUUGUCUCAUACCAUGUUAUCAUUGUCGAAACUGUGGCGCCAGCCGCCAGCACAAGUCUGUUACACCAGGUUGAGACAGAAGCAAAAAGAAAAUUAAAGCUCUGCCUCAUUAUCUGUGCGACCUAGAUGAAAGGGAUUAAGGAUUUACAAUCUUUACGUUUGAUUUUUUGUUGUUAUCUCUUUGUCCUAUAGAGUAAUCCCUCAGGUCAAAAGGAAAAAGUUGAUGAACUCAACUUUAAGCUUUGCCUCUUACUUUUUCCCCAUACACAAUAAUGAAUUAUGCUUUUUCUUUUUCUUUUUUUAAACGGUGAUGCUAUUUAUUAACAGGCUCAAAUGUAUAUAGUACAUGAAGAUUUUCUCCAUAUGCAAAACAGUUAGAGGUGCAGGUGCAUGAGUAAAACAUAGGAGUAAUUUUUACUUGUGUUGAAAGUGUUUGGUUGUAUUUGAUAAAACAAGUUUGGUUGUAAAGUUUAGAAAGAUUGGUAGUAGUUACAGUACGGUAUUAAUUAUUAUUCUAUCCAACUGUCAUUACUUGAGUUUAACAAUUUGAUUUCUGCUUUGUAAUGUAAUAAAGCAUACUCCAAUCACUACCACCACAGUGAUCUAAUUCUUCUUUUUUGUUUUUUUCUUCUUUUUCAGUGAAGAAAAUUUAGUAAAAAUCAAUUGUAUUUGUUAACAAUCGCUCAACAUCUUCUUUGUUUUAUUGUAAUUGUAAUUUUGCAUUAGUGAUAAA